AUGCCUGAGCCUCUUCCCUCGUCAAGCUUUCGGCGACGGAGCAUGAUGAAGCGAUUUGAUGGCAGAUACACGCGCACGGCGGGCGACAUGACAGAUUUGCCAACACUGGACAGCAUCUCCAGACAGGACAUCAACCCCACAGCUCCCGACAGCCAUUGCGCCGUUCACCACGCUGAGGAACCGCGACACUCGGACGAGUUGGCGACACUGCCCACGGCAAGCAGUCGACGUCCUUCAUCUCCGAGUACGACCGUGAGCCUGGGGUUCCGUACCGACGAAUACCUCGACGACGACGAGACUACCAGAGUUGCCAUGGGUAUGCCGCCGCUGAGGAGGGUGACUGGCCAACAAGUUCGGGCUCUAGAGACAACCGCCAGCGCGCGCGCGUCCAUCAAGUCGUCGAGCACAGGAGAUACGCUGGAUCUGAGCGAUCAUCGCAGCUCGAUUGGAAGUGCCGUCGAGCAGCGCCAGAACACGCAACGACCAUACUCCGCCCCAGAAAUCGCAUCCCCAUCCAUGCUCGACGCCGGCGCACCGCAGUCAACCUACGACAUCCCUCCGACCCCCGCGCGACGCAACAACGACCAAAAGACCGUGAUAUGUCCCGUCUGCAUCCACCACUUCCACCAAUCCCCUGCGACAAUCCUUAUCGACGACGACUGCUGCCUGAUCUGCGAGGAGCCCGUCCCGCUCCUUUCCCGGCGAUCCGUCUCGUGUGAUGAAAACCAUCUUGUCUGUCGAUCCUGUGUAGCCACCACCGCCUCCAAGCUCGCGUCCACGCCGCACCUCCUCCCCGUUCGCUCACACGACUGGCACCCCCCAACCUGCCGUGGCGCAUACCGGUGUUUUCGGUGCGGCGAAGCAUUUGCGCAGAAUGCAGUCGUAUACGUCACAGCUGAAUGUCGAGCUACGUUUGGCCAAUGCUGUGUCGGCUCCCAGACCGCGAUACGCUGCCCCUUCCACUUUUCGCUGGGCGAACAGAUGCUUCAUGAUAUGGGCAAGGCGUCUACCGCGCUUCCUCGCGUCACAAAUGUCUGCGUCAACGUGACAUGCGCCCCGCAUUUGACUGGGGUUGAGAAUCAAGAUGCGACGCCGCUUGAGGAUCCUCAUGCUGAUGCCAUGCGCGAAGUGCCAAGGAAGGAGAGGGGGCGGCUACGGGAGGUGUUGAGGAGGGGGCUUGGUCGGUGUAAGGCGGUUUUGGGGAGGAAAAGCAGCGGUGACAGUGACGGUGCCGCUGCCGCUGCCGCUCCCGCCGCUCCUGAGGAUGGGCGGUCGGAAUGGGUAUGA